AUGGCCCGAGUUGCUUCCGCGCGUACGGCCUCGAGCGCUGCACUUGCGCGUUCCUCCAAGAGAAAGCAACAAGAUUCAACCAUGGCCCCCACCAAGGGCUCGCGCCAGGAGAAGACGCCUGCAAAGACGCCCGUAAAGUCCCCCAGGAAAUCAAGGAAAACCGCUGGGGAGAUCGCCAAUAGCUCGACUGCGCGCUCUACUGGAAGGUCAAGGGCCUCAAAAAGCGAAAACGCAACGGAUCCGCCAUCUGAGCGUCGCUUGAGGAGAUUCCGCGAUCAUCCUCCGAUCAGUUUUCAGCAACGCCUCGAACGGGCGGUCACUCAGCGCAUGUUUGUUGUCGGACAAACCGUAGAUGGCACAGACGAAGAUCCCGAGCUAAAGUUCGAUAUUGUCGGCUCAACGGGCAACAUUUACAAGACGAUUAUCGGGAAGGUGCCGACCUGCAGCUGCCCAGACGCAACCAAAGGCAAUCAAUGCAAGCAUAUUUGCUACGUUCUAGUCAAAGUCCUAAGUGCCCCUUCCCACUUGCAAUAUCAACUCGCAUUCCUAUCAUCCGAAAUCCGUGAGAUAUACGAAAAAUCCACACUGCGUCAAGUCAAAGACAAAGUUGAAGACCAUGAUACGGAUGGAAAACGCAAACCGAUCGAAGGCGACUGCCCGAUCUGUUUUAUGGAGUUCGAGCCGAAGGAGGAUAUUGUCUGGUGUCGUGCAGCGUGCGGGAACAAUAUCCACAAGACCUGCUUCCAGAAAUGGGCCGCUACGUCGAACCAGCAGGGAGUCCGUUGUGUUUACUGUCGCUCUCCCUGGCAAAACCAAGACGCCGACGGCAAAGCCGACGUUACCCUUGAUGAACUCGUCAACCAAGGACGAGUCGGAGCAGACGGAUACAUCAAUGUGGCAAGCCAGAUGGGCCUAUCCGGUGAACGUGACUCUUCAACGUACUAUCAACCCUGGGCGCGCCGGCGCUUGUACUAUUCUGGCUGGCGUAGCUACGAUGACGACGGCUUCGACUACGAUCAAUACGCCUAG